CAGCAAACGGUCUACUCUUGCCUCUCCUUCUCUCUCUCCUCCGAUCCUCUCACUUUUUCGAGCUUGUGCAUAAAAGGAGAUCGAGCAAGCAAAAUUUUCCUCACUUUUCGCAUACUUCCUCAGCUCCCACCCCUUCUUCUAUGAUCAGAUUCAUCAGAGGCUAUAUUUAGCACACGAUUGAGACAGCAAGUACGUGCAUAGGCCGCAGCUACAGCCUGCGUAUAUUCCUGUGCCAGCCGUGCACUACGGCACUUUCUUCCCUGCGCGCGGCGGCGGCGGCCACCAAUGGAAGACGGCGGCAUGUGCGAGCUCGUGAUCGGCGACCACCGCAACCUCCGGCACCGCCUGUCGGGAGCCGAGGACCUCUUCAGCAUCGUCGGGACGUGGGAGGAGCGCACGAACGGCGCCAGUGGUGGUGGUGGUGGUGGAGGUGGUUCUUCUGCGGCUGCUGUCCGAGCAUAUAGCCAGGGCUGCACUGCUGGCACCGCGGGAGCUAAAACGGCGGCUGGGACCAACAACAGCCGGCGGCGCACGGGCGACGAGGAGAAAGGCGGCAGCGCUCCCGCGCAGAAGAAGCACAAGGGUUCGUCAGCGGUGUCCGAUGACGAGGGAGCGGCGAAGAUGUCACACAUCACGGUGGAGCGCAACCGGAGGAAGCAGAUGAACGAGCACCUCGCCGUGCUGCGCUCGCUCAUGCCCUGCUUCUACGUCAAAAGGGGUGACCAAGCAUCCAUCAUAGGCGGGGUGGUGGACUACAUCAAGGAGCUUCAGCAGGUGCUGCGUUCGCUGGAGACGAAGAAGCACCGCAAGGCGUACGCGGAGCAGGUGCUGAGCCCGCGGCCUCUCCCAGCAGUCAAGUCCACGCCGCCGCUCAGCCCGCACGUCGCGGUGCCCAUGAGCCCCCGGACGCCGACCCCGGGCAGCCCGUACAAGCCCGCAUCCGGCGCGGCGGCGACGACGACUGGAAGCUGCAGACUCCCACACCGGGCCGCCGCCGCCGCCGCCGCCUACAUCGGAACGCCGACGACGUCGUCCUCCUCGUCGUCCUACUCGCACGAUCAGCAGCGGCACUACUCGACGUACCUGCCGACCCUAGACAGCCUCGUGACCGAGCUCGCCGCGCAGGCAGCAGCCUGCAGCAGGCCGGCGGCGUCCGGCGGGCUCACCCGGCUCCCCGACGUGAAGGUGGAGUUUGCAGGGCCCAACCUCGUGCUGAAGACGGUGUCUCACCGCUCGCCCGGGCAGGCGCUCAAGAUCAUCGCAGCGCUCGAGAGCCUCCCGCUGGAGAUCCUUCACGUCAGCGUCAGCACCGUGGACGACACCAUGGUGCACUCCUUCACCAUCAAGAUUGGGAUCGAGUGCGAGCUCAGCGCGGAGGAGCUUGUGCAGGAAAUUCAGCAGACGUUAUUGUGAUAACGUAGGGUUGUUGUUGGCUUAUACUUGCACUGGCUAGCUACGUACCUGCAUGCAUGCAUGGCUUCCAUGCAUUAUUCACAGUUAGUAACAAGCAGAGCAGCAGCAGGGUGCAAUAUAAUCUACGUCCGGCUGUACUGUACGUACAAGCUGUUGGCUCUCUAGUAGUACGUAGUUAGUUUAGCAGUAUGCUAGAGACAGAUGGCUAGCUGUUAUGUCUUCAUUUUUCACUGCUGAUCGAAUAAUGGAUCGCUUUUUCGAUCGAUCUUCAUCGACCUGUGUGUACGUUCUUUCUUUCUCUUGU